AUUACAGCCCGGACGUAUUGUCGACGGCGAUCCUUGGUUUUUUGGUUUACUUGCUAGCGAAAAAGCGACCACCCCUAGCUCGGAAAAAGAACACAACAACGAACACAACGAUAGGAAAAUAAGGUACCGUGACUUGAUCAACCCAGUCGGAGAUACCAAGCCACUCGAGUACAACCUCUCGUCAACCCGCACAUCCGGAUAGCCUAAGAAUAGGCAUCGAAGCUUCCUCAGAGGACACGUCAAUACAACACCAACCGACCGUCUACAACUCCUUUGCUAUACCUACCCUCUUGACCUACGAGCGACGGCAGAUACCUUUCCAACUACCACACGCAAGCAAACACAUACACACACAAUGAUCCGCUCAACUCAAAUAGCAAGGCUCGACGGCCUCAUGCUCUGCGCUUCCGUCGACGACGAGCAACAAGAAGCAGCCCUCUCCGAAGUCAAGUCGCAAAUCAAGCAAGUCCUGCGCAAGCUCACCCGCAACUCGGAACCCCAAGCCAGCAUCGAAAGCGGCGCCUACAACCUAAACUACCUAAUGGACUCGGACAUCACCUUCAUCUGCAUAACAGACAAAUCCUACCCGCGCAAGCUAGCCUUCACCUACCUCUCCGACCUCGCCCGCGAGUUCACGACGACCUACCCCGUCGCCCAGCUCCACUCCCCCUCCCUCCGCCCCUACGCCUUCAUGGAGUUCGACACCUUCAUCUCCCGCACGAAAUCGACCUACUCGGACGCCCGCGCCUCCCAGAACCUCGACAAGCUCAACGACGAGCUGCGCGACGUGACCAAGGUCAUGACGAAGAACAUCGAGGACCUCCUGUACCGCGGCGACUCCCUCGAGCGCAUGGGCGAGCUCAGCUCCCGCCUGCGCGACGACAGCAAAAAGUACAGGCGCGCCGCCGUGAGGAUCAACUGGGAGCUGCUGCUCAAGCAGUACGGCCCCCUCGGAGCGCUGGGGUUCAUUGUCAUCGUCUUCUUUUGGUGGCGGUUCUUCUAAAGUGGGGGCUUGAGGUUUGGUUCGCCUCCUUUGGCGGUGCGAACGAGGACAAGGAACGGUUUGCUUCCCUUCCUCUGGGGAGCAUUGGAUCCUUUGGCCUGAGAAAGGCAAAGGUUCUUUGACGAUGUUGGGCGUUAUGUUGGCGACUGUGUAUAUCUUUCUUGAUUCAUGUACAUCAAUCAAAUUACGGCACGGACUUCUCAGGCGGAUGCAGGGGAAGACGGAGAGGGGCAACAAAACAAGAAUUGGUUUUUG